ACAACCCCAAACAGGGGAACAACAACAAUCAUCCAAUCUAUCUAUCUAUCUAUCUAUCUAUCCCAGUCCAUAAGUUCUGUCCAAGUCGUAUUCAAGCAGAAUCCGAGCAUCGUGUGACCAAAUGUCCUAUUAAAGACUUCCGUUUCUAGUCCGUUCCAUCCGUUGUGGGCAAUCGGUAACCGCCUCAAUCACUCGAUAUCCUCUCCUCGCCCUCAUUCCUCAUCCGCUUGAUGGACGCCUCAGCCCACCCGCAUGGUUCGCAAGACCCGCUUUUGUACGAAAUCGUGGUCUUCCAAGAAUGGACCGCCUCCGUCCUAAGACGUCAUGGCUCCACGGUCCCUAACUCGAGUGCCGCCUCAUGGCUGGACCCGCCCAGCUGGUUCAGGGGUGGUUCGAGUUGGUCCGCCCAUCAUUGGCCAGCCGCCCUCGGUUGGUUGUGGGGCCGCUUUGCCUCGGAAGAAUGGUGCCAUUUGGGCGCACUUCGCCUCUGGCGUCGCUCUUGUUGGCCGCAAUGGAAAAUGGCCGUGCGACCGGAUUGCCAGCAAUGGGUCGUCCUGCGCGAAGACGAUUUCGAGCUCUACCAACAGGUCUUGGCUGGCGAUCACGGCGACUGGCCCAUGCCUAGGGAUGACGAUUGGGGGGGAACGGGGGGCGGGUAUGUUAUGGUCCACAAGGAGGGCAUCGAUCCGGAUGCGGAGCCUCGUUUGCGAAGAGUGGCCUGGUCUCCGGAUUUGAAUUACGUGGUCUGGACUCAAAGUGACGGGUCGGUCCGAUGGUUCGACAUCCGGGCUCAAGCUCUAGUGCCGCACGUGGUGGCUUCGGCCGGGUUGGGCUGGUCGUUCAAUCCGUGUGUGGGCCUGUCAUUUUUGGAUCCUCGUGGCGAUAGCGAGGGUGGGUUGGAUUUGUUGGUCGUGUUGGAACAAGGACAGGUGUUGCUCUUCACAUUAUCGUCCGGACAGGUCCGCUUGUCGGAUAGCUUGGAUUUGAGAUCGUCGUUUCCCAAUGGAUUGACGGACGCUACGGUCACCAAUCAGCAUGGUCUAGUGAUCGUGUCCGGAUCAACGGGUUCAUCUCGGUCGACUCUGAAAUGUGCCCGUAUUACGGACGAGAAACGUCUAGUCCCGUUUGAUAUUAGUUGGCCGAAAAUUGAGGGAUUGAAAACGUCGUCUAAGAGCUUUGCCUACAAGAUGGCGCUGUCUUGGAAUCAAGACCAGUUGGCCGUGAUCAUGUCGGAUAAUUCGAUUGUGGUGUUGAGUGUCCCGUCGUUUCGAUUAAUCUCCGUUCUGCCAUUGGUGGAUCAGGCGUGUCAUGACGAGGUCAACCCCCAGUGUGUAAAAGACAUUCCGCCCCUACCAGGUACGCCCAAAAUGGCUCACGAUUUCCUGGCCUGGGUUUCGAAUGUCCAUUGGUGGGAUGAUGGGGCCUUGGCUAUCCUACGAGUCACGGGAAGCUUCACCAUUCUCACUUUAAAUGAUGGGUCCAAUCUAUUGGGUCCUCUCCCGGAAUUCUUCUCGUUAUCAGUGGAAAUGCAGAACCGACAGGAAAACGGAUUUCUUUUGUUGGAAGAGAGUGACUCGACCGGAUCCAAGCAACGUACUUCAUUCAAAGUGCUCUACUUUCACAGUUCAUCACCUCAGGAGCUAUUUUUGAGAAAAAUCAGUGAAGGCGAUUUCGGUGAGGCCAUCAUUUUAGCGCGUCACUAUCAUCUGGAUACGGACCUGGUCUACUUGGAGCAAUGGCGAAAUUCGUCUUAUAACAAAGACGCAGUGAAUGAUUGUCUCGGCAAGCUCAAAUCCAACACUUCUAAAAUCGUCCAAGCUAUAACGACAGUUCCAGACUCUCUGGAUGAUAUGGAGAUUCUCCUGAAAUACGGCAUUCGUUGGGCUUCCAACGCCGAUGCUCAAGAAGAAAGCAAACUCAUCCUCACUAAUUACUUAGAGCGGUUGUAUCUGUACGAGAAACUGGGUCGCGUUGGUCAAGAAAUAUUAACUUUCCACGAGUUUAGGCAAUUCACGAUGACCGAAAGUGUGCUCCAUUUUGCUCGCAAUGGGGCUAUGGAGCCCUUGCUAACCUUAUUGCGUGAGCAUUGGACGGAAAUCGAGCCCAAAAUGACGUACGUCUUGCUACAAAUCCCGGAAGGCGUGAAAAUGUCCGAAAUGGAAGGUGUGCUCGGCUAUCUUCAGAAUCGACAGGUUCCAGGUUUGGAUGCCUGGCUCGUUCAACGAAUCCAAAGCUGCAUAGCUCGGGGAUUUGCUGGAAAUGCCAUCGCCAUAGUGAAAGUUUGUCAAAGCAAGAAGAUUGAGAUCCCCACCUAUUUGUCCACACUCUUGGUUUGCUUUGAGACCUUGAUGAAACGAUUCGGGGUGGACCUGCUCUCUUUUGACGAUUUAGACCAGAUGAGUGCAUUGGACUUGAUUCGGAUUGUCUUUCUAAACAUGGAUAGUCUUCACUUACGGCAAGAGAUUGAGGAAGUCCUUUUCCCGCUCAUCCAGCAAUUGACAUCUAUCCGACCCAAAUAUCUACUGGUCCAGGAUUUGAAUGCAGUCCUCUGUCAACAUUUGUCUUCGAAUCCACCCAAGGUGUGGAAGACCUUGAAUAUGUUACAAGUGUUGGGCGGGAGCAAAAGUAGCCCAAUCUCUCAGGAGGAUGUGCUUAUGAUGUGCUUUCAAUUGGUCGACCACUUGAAAGUGGAUGAUGAGUCGACUAUGGAUUCAAUUCGUUCAUUAUUGGCGGUUCUAAACAAGUUCAAAGAUCUCCCCGGAUACGAAGCAAAGAUGAAGCAAUGUCGCCAAAGAGCGCUCUCAAUCGAAGUCAUGAUUGUCCACGAGUUCAUUCCAGGAUCUAUGGGAAGUGAUCAUCUGGUAGAACUCCCACUUUCGGAACGAGAUUGGGAAGUUCUACUUUGUUGUUGGACAAAAACAUUGGAUUGCGAUGGGUUUUUGGACCAGUUAGAAACUAUGUUGAGAGUUCAUUCCACGAUGACCUCGUUGGAAAAGAUGGAUUGUGUGCGGAUGUUUCUCUUGAAAUUCGUGGAUCAAGCCUUCCAUACCACCAUUGACAAAAUGCUUGUAUUGAGACAUUCCAAAGCCUGGAGCAAGUUCUGUCGCAAUUGGGAGGUCUCCCUGUCCGAAGAGGAUUGGUCUGACCUAGCGGUGAAAUCCUGUCAGUUGCAUUUCAAACACAGUCCCACAUGCCAAAGUCCGAGCAUGUGGUGUGCGAAAUCCUGCUUGAAUCUGGCCGCCCAAGACAAGUGUGGAGAUCCAUUGGUGCGAUUUUGGACGCAUUUAUUGGCCCUUUGUGAUAUCGUCAAGGCCAAGAGCUGGACUGGCUUGGUCACUCCCAUGGAGAUUUUCAACGGGUGUCGAAAGAACCCAAAACGGUUCUUCACUCAACUGUGCAAUAAAGUGGAACUGAAGGAGCGCAACUUAAAACCCCUGUUGGAAAUCGCCAUGCAAAUGGCUCAAGCGGGAUGCCCAUGGAAUGAGGAACAAUUGAAAGGCGAAAUUUUAGGCAAUAUGACCCGAUCGGCGUUAACGAAAGGCCAACUCGAUUUGGCCCUUCACUUGGCCAAUCAGAUCGCCAUUGGUCGCCAUUCUGAAGGUGGACAAUUGUGCUUCGAAGUGGCCAACACGGUUUUAGCUGCCCAACCCCGAUCUCUCGUCUCCUCCGGUAAUUCGAUCCCGGUCAACGUGAUGAGUUUUGCCUUGAAUUGGAUCCCGAAAGAGGAUCUAAGUGAUGUGACCAAUCAACUUAUUGGUUACACGUCGAUUGAUCGAUGGGAACCUUGCUAGAGCAAAUGGCCUUUAGUGAAUGAUUUGAACCCAUUUGGAGUUGGCAAAGGUGAAGCCCGAAAAGGUAGAAAGUUCUGUCAGAUCUACCUCCUUUUGCUCAGGGGCCUUUCAUCCGAAACUCGGAAUUCUAGCAACCCCUCACAAUUGCUGCACUUUUCUAUCAGUCAAUUGGAGCAAACUAAUAAACUUGUAGCUCCCGAGCAAGAACUUACCACCGAAAAUGACGAUGAGGCAGAUGAGAUCGAAGAACAUUCUAGUCCCAAAUCAAUAGAAGAAACUGAUUGUCCUGAGGUGGACAAGAAAACUCCAGAACCACCAACAUUAGCCACCGCUUCGAAUGAGGCUCAAUCCCAUAGAAAUACUUUUCCUCGGGGUCUAAUGACUUUGGCAACCCACCUCAUGAUGAAACGAUUGGAAAAAGAGUAAUACGAUUUUAUUAAUUUUUAUUUUGAAUAAUACCCCGAAUGGUUCCUUGAAAA